AUGUCUAUUCCCGAGACUCAAUGGGCCCAAGUUGCCGAAUCAGUUGGCGCACCACUCCAGUUUAAGCAGAUUCCUGUCCCAAAGCCAGGUCCCGAUCAGAUUUUGGUGAAAAUUCGUUACUCGGGCGUUUGUCACACCGAUCUACACGCCUGGAAGGGCCACUGGCCCCUCCCCGUUAAAUUCCCCCUGGUCGGUGGACACGAAGGUGCUGGAGUUGUCGUCGCCAAGGGUUCAUUGGUCACUGGAUUCGAUAUUGGCGACCAUGCUGGUCUUAAAUGGAUUAAUUCGUCUUGCUCUGAGUGUGAACACUGUCGCCAAGCCGACGAACCCUUGUGUCCCAAUGCACAGAUGUCUGGCUACACUGUGGAUGGCACUUUCCAGCAAUAUGCCGUCGGCAAGGCUACUCUUGCUUCAAAAAUUCCUAAGAACGUCCCUCUUGAUGCUGUCGCUCCCGUUCUAUGCGCAGGUAUCACUGUUUAUAAGGGUUUGAAGGAAUCUGGAGUUCGUCCAGGAGAAACCGUAGCGAUUGUUGGAGCGGGUGGUGGUCUUGGAUCCCUCGCGCAGCAAUAUGCCAAGGCGAUGGGCAUUAGAGUUGUAGCUGUAGAUGGAGGUGAUGAGAAAAGGGCUAUGUGCGAAUCGCUUGGAACUGAGACAUACGUCGACUUCACAAAGUCAAAAGACUUGGUGGCUGACGUGAAGGCGACAACCCCCGAAGGUCUUGGAGCUCACGCUGUUAUUCUGCUAGCAGUUUCUGAGAAGCCUUUCCAGCAGGCUGCCGAAUAUGUGCGCUCCCACGGAACAAUUGUCGCCAUUGGAUUGCCUCCAGAUGCGUUCCUCAAAGCCCCAGUCUUCAAUACAGUGGUCCGCAUGAUCACCAUCAAGGGAAGCUAUGUUGGAAACAAGCAAGACGGUGUUGAGGCCAUUGACUUCUUUGCUCGAGGCUUGAUCAAAGCUCCGUUCCAAAUAGCUCCCCUGAAAGAUCUCCCAAAGAUUUUUGAUCUCAUGGAGGAGGGAAAGAUUGCUGGACGCUAUGUGCUUGAGAUUCCAGAGUAA